AUGGAUAUGUUAGAACUCGGAGCAAGAAAUGAAACACGAGCACAGAUACAAAAAACACUCAGUCAAGACAAUAUUGAAUACGACACAUUAUUAACCAGCCUGCAAGCGUUUGUUGAUAUUUUCAAGGAAAUCGGCAGUUUUGUUGAUAUUAGGUCAGCAAACAAAAUUUACCCACUUGCGGGUAAGCAUAUAGACGGGGAUUAUCUAGAGAAAGUGAAUAGAUAUUUCAAAGCUGAAAUCACCAGUUUAGAUUAUGGAUCAUCACCAGAAGAAUCAAGGUCAGAAAUAAACCAUGGGGUAGAAAAAGAGACGAAUGUCAGAAUUAAGGACAUCUUGGCACUUGGAUCAGUAACCUCUAGUACUAUGGUGAUCGCCGUCAACGCAAGAUACUUUACAGAUGACAUUGAAGGGCUGUACUCUUUAGGAGGCCGUCUGUCAUCUUCUAUGUUAGAUGAACUAAUGACACAGUUAAGUGAAAGGAAAGUUGUUGUAAAUUUGCCAAUAUUUCAGAUGGAUACCUCUUACGAGAUGAAAGAUGUUCUCACAUUUCUCGGCAUGCAUGACAUGUUUGAAGCUGACAUGGCGGAUUUGUCAGGUAUCGGAGAAGGUCUUUUUGUUACAACUGUUAUUCAUAAGGCAUUUGUAGAGGUGAAUGAAGAAGGUACAGAGGCUGCUGCAGCGACGGCGAUGAUAAUGGCAACGACUUGUGCUAUUA